GCUCCGGGUUGCCAUGGGGAUAUGCAAAUGAGGGUGGCGGUUCUGGGGAUCCUAUUGGCCCGGGGGCGCGCGCCCCUCCCGAGGAGGCGGGCCCCGGCGCCCGGUUCUAUAAAGGGGAGCGCCCGGCGCUGCGCUCGGCGGUGGAGGCGGGGCCGGCCGAGCGCGGGCGCGGCGCCCUGAGUCGCAGCAGCCAGAGGUGGCGCAUGCACCGCCUCCCGCCCGGCCACCUGCCCCGGCUCUGGCGCGGGGUCAGGGCAGUGCGGCUGGCCUGCGCCCGCUGGGGAGCGGCCCGGGCCGGCGCGAGAGACCGGGCCGGCGGCGUGCCCAGCGGACGCCCCUGAGUUGACUGCGCGAAACUUUCCUCCGUGAUCGGCUCGGCGCGCCGGCCCAGAGCUGCCUCCCCUCACCCGCCGUCCCGCUGGGACCCGACGCCCUGGGGAUCGGAGGGGGGGGAGAGGCUCGCGGCUCCCCCCCCACGACGUCCUCCUUUGGGUUGCAACCGGGCCAGGCCCCGGGCGAUGGCCGCGGAGCUGGCGAUGGGCGCCGAGCUGCCCAGUAGCCCGCUGGCCAUCGAGUACGUCAACGACUUCGACCUGAUGAAGUUCGAGGUGAAGAAGGAGCCCCCGGAGGCCGAACGCUUCUGCCAUCGCCUGCCGCCCGGCUCGCUGUCCUCGACGCCGCUCAGCACGCCCUGCUCCUCCGUGCCCUCCUCGCCCAGCUUCUGCGCGCCCAGCCCGGGCACCGGCGGCAGCGGCGCAGGGGGUGGUGUCGGCGCGGCGCAGGCCGGGAGCGCCCCGGGGCCGGCCAGCGGGGGCCCCGGCGCCGUCGGAGGCGCCUCGGGGAAGCCGGCCCUGGAGGAUCUGUACUGGAUGAGCGGCUAUCAGCACCACCUGAACCCCGAGGCGCUCAACCUGACGCCCGAGGACGCGGUGGAGGCGCUCAUUGGCAGCGGCCACCACGCCGGGCAUCACGGCGCGCACCACCCGGCGACCGCCACGGCCUACGAGGCCUUCCGGGGCCAGGGCUUCGCGGGCGGCGGCGGCGGCGCGGACGACGUGGGCGCCGGCCACCACCACGGCGCGCAUCACACCAGCCACCACCACCACCACGCGGCGCACCACCACCACCACCACCACCACCACCACGGUGGCCCGGGCCCCAGCGUGGGCGGCACAGGCCACCACGUGCGCCUGGAGGAGCGCUUCUCCGACGACCAGCUGGUGUCCAUGUCGGUGCGCGAGCUGAACCGUCAGCUCCGCGGCUUCAGCAAGGAGGAGGUCAUCCGGCUGAAGCAGAAGCGGCGCACGCUCAAGAACCGCGGCUACGCGCAGUCGUGCCGCUUCAAGCGGGUGCAGCAGCGGCACAUUCUGGAGAGCGAGAAGUGCCAGCUCCAGAGCCAGGUGGAGCAGCUGAAGCUGGAGGUGGGGCGCCUGGCCAAGGAGCGGGACCUGUACAAGGAGAAAUACGAGAAGCUGGCGGGCCGCAGUGGCCCCGGGGGCGCGGGCGGGACCAGCUUCCCGCGGGAGUCCUCGCCGCCGCAGGCCGGCCCCGGCGGGGCCAAGGGCGCGCCCGACUUCUUCCUGUGAGCUCCAGACCCGAGACCGCGCCCCGCGCCGCCGCCGGGAAGAGGCUCGGACUCCGAGGCCCGGGACGAGGACGCAAGGCCGUCCGGAGCCAACGCCGCCGUCUCUGGCCGGGCCAGCGCCGGGCGUCCGGCUCCACGUCCGCAGGCGCCAGACGGGAGGCCCCUUCCCGCGGCGCCGCCCCCUGGUCCGCGCAGCUGCCGGGCCGCGACUCCCCCGCGCUCAGAGCGCAGCGAUCUCCGGGAAAGUCGCCGCGGGUCGAACUUCCUUGCAGGCGCCCACGUGUACAUUCGCCGGCGCGGUCUCGGUCCGCACGCCGCCCUGCCCGCCGCGGGGCCGGGCCCGUCCCCGGCAACCCCGCCCUCCUUACCUUUCGCCUCCCAUCCUUGCCCUUUUUUACUUCCCCGAUUUAAAACGGUCUUAUUUUCGAAGCAUUUAUAUUUAUUUGGCUUGGUGAUGAGAAAACAAAGCCCCGGAAGAAGCCCUCAACUUUCCUCCGGGGUCACCCCUGGACGUCCGCGUGUCCCAGCAUGUGUCGCCCGCUCGGAGGGGCCUGGCCUCGGCCCGCCCGCCUGCCCGCCCCUGCCCCCGUCCCCGCGGCCGUGUUGGGUCCUGCCGCCCCGCCGCACCGACGGGGGGCGGGGGCCUGGGCCGUGCUGCUUCCUCUAUGCACCACGUCGUGUUUGUGACUCCGGGGAAACAGGUCUUAUUUUAACCUUCAGAGACGUGACAGAAGAACAAGUAUGCACCGUAUUUCUAGCAGAA